AUGCUGUGGGGCCACCUCAGGCCGGGCCGGAGGAGGCUAAUGAACGGCGCGAUCGGUAUUGGGUGGCUGUAUCAGCAUUUCCGAGGUAAUCUUCGUGUAUGGUAUUCCAUGGGUAGCAUGGAAGACUUCAGUAUUUUGCUGAGAAUUUCUUUGAAUUUAGAAGUGUCAUGUCUUAAGUUUGUUCUAGUUGCUUCAUCUAAUUUCUAUGCUGCUUUUCCACAGUAUUAUGAGCGGGAUCACUCAGUUCACAAAAAGAAAAGACUCUCCCUGGUGAAAAGGUCUCUGGUGUACUACCUGAAAGGUAGAGAGGUCAGGAUACAGAAUAAGUCCAGCUAUCACCGCUUAUUGCAAGGAUAUGCAGCCCAGCAGCUUCCUAGCCUCCUAAAGGAGAGAGAGUUUCACCUCGGAACCCUUAAUAAAGUUUUUGCCUCCCAGUGGCUGAACCACCGACAAGUACUGUGUGGGACAAAAUGCAACACAUUAUUUGUACUAGAUGUCCAGACUGGUCAAAUUACCAAGAUUCCUAUUCUGAAAGAUCGUGAACCUGGCAUGGUGAACCAUCAGGGAUGUUGUGGUAUUCAUGCCAUUGAGCUCAAUCCCUCGAGGACCCUUCUGGCCACAGGUGGAUACAACCCCAAUAGUCUUGCAAUUUAUCGUCUGCCUACACUUGAUCCUGUCUGUGUGGGAGAUGGACAUAAGGACUGGAUAUUUUCAAUUGCAUGGAUCAAUGAUACUAUGGCUGUUUCUGGUUCCCGGGAUGGUUCAAUGGGUCUUUGGGAAGUUACAGAGGAUAUGUUGUCCAAAAGCAAUGCCAGGCAUAAGCUCUCUCAAGUUCCUGUUUAUGCCCACAUAACACACAGGGCUCUGAAGGAUAUCCCCAAGGAGAACACCAAUCCUGACAACUGCAAAGUCCGAGCAUUGGCUUUCAACAAUAAGGACAAGGAACUAGGAGCUCUGUCCCUAGAUGGGUAUUUUCAUCUUUGGAAAGCAGAGCACAUGCUAUCAAAGUUACUUUCCACAAAGUUGCCAUACUGCAGGGAGAACGUGUGUUUGGCCUAUGGUCAGGAGUGGUCAGUGUAUGCAAUAGGAUCGCAGGCACAUGUCUCCUUUCUGGAUCCCAGACAGCCUUCUCACAAUGUUAAAUCUGUCUGUUCCAAAGAACGAGGCAGUG